AUGAAACUCGCUCUACUUUUGAUACUACUGGCCACUACGGCAUUUUCAUCCCCUUUUAUACAUCGGCCCUCUCAAGCAACACCAAGUCCUACUGUUGAGGUCGAAAAGUUAACGGAUGUAAUAAAGAGGAACAGGGAAACCGCGCAACCAAUCACAACGGCUUCGACGUCCAUCUCAUCUCGAGAACCAUGCGCUUCAAGCAACUGCGGCAAUUUAUGCACUUCAAUAAGUAGAAAGCCUUUUGGCAGCUCUAAAGUGGCAGUAGAACCUACGUCUGCGGGUUGCGUCUAUAUACCAACUCUCAAAGGCUCUGUUUUCACUACUUUGAACGUCUUCGAGGGCUCCCUAGUUGCUUUUCCAACGUCGACAGUGUCUGUUCCCACCAUCCGUGGCCGGGGUUUGCCUAUCUCCCUAGUGAUUCCAAGUAAUAAGACACUACUCGACAAUUCCCCGGCGAAACGAGAACUUCGAGGUGUGAACCAGUCCCUCGUUAGUACAUACGACAAUUCUCUGGCGAAACGAGCAUUUCCAACCAUCCCCAACAACGACGUUGGUGCGUACCUUCGCUCAGUUCAACCCAAUUUCCUCACAGUUGUCUCACCGACGACGGACGGGGAUUUUUUUAAUUUCGACGAGGAGCAUGUCGGUACUGCAGGUGUUCAAAAUCUGUAUGGAUGUACCGCUGUGUUUAUAGCGUCUUCGUUAGGGGUAUAUAUCUCACAUAUAUACGAAAGACCGGUCUUUAUCAACAAUGUAAAUAAUAGACGUUAUGAAACCGACGACGAAUCCUUUUGGGGUAUGAGCUACAGAGAAAUUUUUGAAGGCUCGCCUGGGGCAUAUUCUGUCGCUGACCUCAUUGGCACUGACGAGAAACCAGGUAAAUUGCAUCCUAGUCAUGAACCUGUCGUCUAUGUUAUCACUCCACUUAGCGAUCAGUGGGAUAGGAUUUUCGAUGAUGUGACAACAACACUUAGAUAUGAAAGACAUGCCAAUCAACUUGCUCAGGGGUUGAUAAAUUCCAUCUACAAUAAUGGUGAGCCAGAUGGCAUGGGACCUGCCAUGGUUAUAGGAUAUACACGUUACACUCGAACUGAGGUUUCAAUGAAUUCCGGAGGCUAUGAAGGUAAAGUCGUUCUGGAGGUUGAUCCUAUGAAUCACGUCGAGGAGCAACCUGAUGGGACGAAGCGUCAAAUGGGCUCAUAUCGGAUUUUUGUACAGGAUAGGGUGGUUUUGGAGAAGAACUUCCAGAAUUCUCACAAGACUCCCACCCCAUGCCGUAGCCCUACGCCUACGCCUACUCCGAUAUCUGAAACAGACUGCGAUGAAUAG